UCUCAGGCACUGUGUCCUCUCCUCUAAUGACUUCUUGUUUGGCUGUGUGGGGUGAUUCAGGGGUGACUCAGGGGUGACCUGCAUACCCCCAGAUUCCAUGGGAAUAGCAUGGGGUGGUGUGCUGUGUGCCCUGGCCGCAGCCCCCAUGGGAAGGGGGAAGAUCCAGUGGGGAGGGCAUUUCAUCCCCCACCGUGUGGCCACGGGGCGCUGGGUCUCUAAAAGUUCGGGGAACAGGAGGGUCAGGGCUGCCUGCCUCGAUUCCUGCCUCUGCCCCAGCCAAGUCUGCAGCCUGGCCAUAGGCCAGCAGCACAGCAGCAGGCUCAGCAAGUCCCAGGGGUGUGGCACAGCCGUGGUGGAGCCAGCCUACACCGGCUGGGCCGGGCCAUCGCCAGCAGCAAGGCUGCGCAGUCUUCGGACACUGCGCUGGCGCACAGGAGCCUGGAUAGGGAGGGCGUUCAGCCAUGAGUCCCCUGCUCUACUAUGCCCUGCCUGCCCUGGGCAGCUACAUAGCGCUCUCCAUCUUCUUCCUGCGCCGGCCCCGCCUGCUGCAUGCACCCUGUACUCCAGCCUUCUGUCCCCGCCUGGUAGCCCACCGGGGAGGGUCUGGAGAGCGGCUGGAGAACACCAUGGAGGCCGUAGAGAACUCCAUGGCUCAGGGAGCUGAGCUCCUGGAACUUGACUGCCAGCUGACCCGGGACGGCGUGGUGGUGGUGUCCCAUGAUGAGAACCUGUCCCGCCAGUCAGGCCUGAACAGGGACGUGAGCAGCCUGGCCUUCGAGGAGCUGCCCUUGUACAAGGAGGAGCUGGAGGUUUACUUCUCACCAGGCCACUUUGCCCACGGCUCAGACCGGCACAUGCUUCGCCUGGAGGACCUGUUCCAGAGGUUCCCCCAGAUGCCCAUGAGCGUGGAGGUGAAGGCAGACAACGAGGAGCUCAUUCACAAGAUAGCAGGCCUGGUGAGGCAGUUUGGUCGCAGCAGGAUCACCAUCUGGGCCUCGGAGAAGAGCUCGGUCAUGAAGAAGUGCCAGGCAGCCAACCCGGAGAUGCCACUGUCCUUCACAAUAUGCCGAUCAUUCUGGGUGCUGCUGCUCUAUUACCUGGGGCUGCUGCCCUUCGUCCCCAUCCCCGAGAAGUUUUUCUUGUGCUUCCUGCCCACCAUCAUCAACAGGACCUACUUCCCACUUUCCUGCUCUGGACUGAACUGGCUGGCGGCCAUGGUUACAAAAUGGGCCAUCAUGAGGAAAAGUCUGAUCCAACACUUAGAGGAGCGAGGCGUGCAGGUGAUAUUCUGGUGCCUUAAUGGAGAGUCAGAUUUUGAAGAGGCCUUCAGCCUGGGGGCCACUGGAGUCAUGACGGAUUACCCCACCGCCCUGAGGAAGUACCUGGAUACCCACAGACUAGUGAGCCGGGCCUCCUAAGUCUGAGGCCUCCUCUGUGUUCCUUCCUGAAGAAUAAAUAUUGUCUCUUCAGCCACA